AGUCGUAUAAUCUUCGUCGGCGGAGGCACACGUGUGUCUCUCGCGGCCGCAGUUGCUCGCACAAGUCGCGUCCGCGCGGCCUACGAAUAUUCUCAAUUUUAGGUUCCUGGAGGAACUGCAGCCGAAUUCGACUAUGCCGGUGGACGGGACGAACCUGGGCGACGACGAUCUUAUGUCGAUCCAUCAAAAGAUCAGUCAUGGAAGUUACUGGUCAGGCAGUUUGUGGAGAGAAAUGAUGGCAAUGGAUUUGUUCGUUGAUCAUAAUUAUUGCAAGCUAAAUAAGAGCAAUGUUAAAAUUGAUAAAGCAGAAAAUUAUGACAACUUUAACAUAUCCCAGGAGAAUAUAUUGGCAUACAAAAUUAAUAAUAACGAGCUUAUGGAAUUUGAUAUACAGAAUUAUGUUGAAAUACAGUGCAAUGAUGAAAUGCAAAAUGAUAUUUCAGAGGAUGUAAUCAACUUCAAUUCCAUUAAUACAAAUACAGAAAAUAGAUACUUUAACAAUGAUGCCACAAGAUUAAAUUGUAAUGAAAUAGCCAAAGAUGUAAACUUUAUUAAUACAUUGGAAGAUAUGAAUUUUAAUAAUAUUUCUAAUGUAAUAAACAAUAGUAUAGCUACAGAAAAUGAGCAUUCAAUGAAUGAUAGUAUGGCAAAUAGUGGGUCACAAUGUUUGAUAAAUAAUUUGCCUCUCAACAAUCACAACAGUACUUUUACUUCUUACAGUACUGAAGAUAGUGGCAUUGAAAGUAUGGAUUCACUACUGUUUACAGAGAGUGAAGAUAGUUUUUUGCUGGAUUCAAGGGAUGAUCAUUGCUAUUCAUUUUCUAAAGAAAGAGAUGGAGCAAAAAAAUCUUAUUUUAAUAAAAGAAAGGCAGAAAGUAGUUCUGCGGCUAGCAUUUCAACCAAUAUUGAAAACUCAGAUGUAAUCAAAGAUAAAAGUGAAGUACCUGCAAAAAGAAACCGUACUACAAAGAGGAGCAGAGAAGUCAUCAUAAGUGAAGAAUCACCAAUAAUUGAAGGAAAAUAUGAAGAGUCAAGAAGAGUCACAAGACUUUUAGUUAAGAACUCAGAUGAGAAACCUGUGAAAUAUAUCGAUAAUACACCUGGUAAACUUGUUUGGGGAUAUUUUAGAAGUGGAUGGUGGCCAGAUCUAAAUAUUGUUACAGCAUUAAUCAUAAGAGCUGAAGAUGCCGGUAUGAUACCUUCAUCUGAAAAAAUUUGGGUUUCUUGGAUUGGUGAAUCCCGAAUAUCUGAGUUGAAUGCUAAAUGUAUUGAUAAGUUUUCUAAUCAUUUAGAGAGAAGACUUGACAAUUUAGCAACAAAUUCUAAGACCAAGGUGACUUGCAAAAAACAAAAAGACGAAGCAUGCUUCAAAACUAUACAGCUAUUAAAAAAACAUUUUACUGGUGGAGCCUUGGUAAAGCCAUACAUUGCAUGGAUAAAAAACAAUAUUCUACCCUAUAAAAAUAAAUUGGAUGAACUGCAUUUUUAUCCAUAUCCAGAAAGUCUUUCGGAUAAGCUUAACAAUUUAAAAAUAGUCAAUUCAGAAAAAAAUGAAAAAUACUUGCGUCAGCAAGAAAAAGAACGAUUGUGUAAAGCAUUCGAGCCAAAGAACUUGAUAAAAAAAAUAGAAAAGUUUGAAAAACCGAUUGAAAAGGGUGGAAUAAAUAUAGUAGAUCAAAAGUAUGGGAUGAUUGUGUGGGCUAAAAUGCAAGGAUAUAGUUGGUGGCCAUGUGUUAUCAUGGAUUAUCAACAUCUUAAUCGUAAGCAGCCACAUGUGGCACAUCAAUGGGUCAUGUGGUAUGGUGAUUACAAGUAUUCUCAAGUUCAGUAUCGACAGAUUCUUACUUUUCCAACAGGAAUGGACAGAAUGGAAUCUAAAAUUACCGCAACAAAAGAUGAGCUUUUUUGCAAGGCAGUUCUUCAAGCUGCUAAGGAUUAUUGUGAUAAGUUGGGUUACUUAACUGAGCCAUGGAAAAUAAAGGAUGUAAUUCACCUAUUUUAUAAAUCCAAAGAUAUAUACAAACUAAAAAAUGCAGAGUUAACAGAACCAAACGAAGAGGAUUUGUAUUCUCAAACUAUAAAAAAACAGUUGAGAAAGCAAAUUAAUAAUCAGCCGAUUAGCGAAGAAAGAAAGAAAAAGAUAUUAGAAUGUAAAAAUUUAAAUUUACUGCUUUCUGGAAAAUUACCACUAGAAUCUUUGUGUAUAAGUUGUUUAGAAUCUGGUGAAGAGUUGGAGGAUCAUCCAUUUUUUCAUGCAUCAAUGUGUGAAAAAUGUUUGGAAGAUUUCAGUCCAAAGAUUUUCGCAUAUGGGAACGAUGCAAAAUGUUUUUAUUGCACUUUGUGCGGCGGAGAUGAUUUAGUAGCAGUAUGCGAUAGCAUGAGUUGUCCCAGAGUUUUUUGCACUGCUUGUAUUAAGUAUAUUAUUUGCCCAGAAUUUUAUGAGGACAUUCUUUUAAAGCACCCAUGGUAUUGCUUUCUUUGCGACCCUAGUUCAAUAAGUACCAAUAACGUCGUCAUCAAGAUACGCAACGACUGGAGAUACAAAAUGAUCUCGCUCUAUCGCAUCAACUGCGAUGAAGAAGCGCCUUCGAAUUUGGAACGCCUGGAUCGGAACAGAAAAAUAAGAGUUUUAUCGCUGUUUGACGGCAUUGGAACUGGUCUUGUUGUAUUAAAGCAUUUAAACGUUAACAUUGAAUGUUACUACGCGAGCGAAAUUGAUCCAGAUUCGAUGCAAGUUAGUUUCUUUAAUCACGGCAAUGAAAUUAUACAGUUAGGUGACGUGAGAAACAUAGACGAGAAAAAAAUUAAAGAGAUAGCUCCCAUUGACUUGCUGAUCGGUGGCUCUCCCUGCAAUGAGCUCAGCUUGGCCAAUCCCAAAAGAAGAGGACUUGAUGAUCCAGAGGGUACAGGAAUACUCUUCUAUGAUUACGUCCGGAUUAUGAAACUCGUCAAAAAGCACAAUAAAAAACGUCACCUUUUCUGGCUUUUUGAAAAUGUCGCGUCCAUGCCGAAAAAAUUCAGAAACCAAAUCAGCAAAAAUUUAGGUAGAGAACCGAAAUUCCUAGACUCUGCGGAUUUCUCAGCGCAGCAUAGGCCUCGGCUGUAUUGGGGAAAUUUACCCUGGGGUCCAUAUCAAGUGAAUAACGUAGUACUGCAGGACGUGCUCAGAAAACGCUGCAAUCGUCAAGCACUUGUAAAAAAAAUAAUGACCGUUACUACCAGGACAAAUUCAUUGAAUCAAACCAAGGAAAAUUUAAAACCAGUACUUAUGGAUGGCAAAAAGGACAUGCUGUGGGUAACGGAAUUAGAGAAAAUCUUUGGAUUCCCAAUGCAUUACACUGACACAAACCUCCAAAAAACUCGGAGGUUGCAGCUUAUUGGCAAAGCUUGGAGUGUGCAAACUCUUACGGCUAUUUUAAGGCCUGUAUUUCUCUUUUAAAUGUUUUUUUGAUUAUGCAGUAAUAGGCGAACUGCGUAUGUUGAAUGUUUUUAGAUGCUGAAUUACAAUUUGUUUACAGUAUGUACAGCUUUGAAAAUUGUGUAAAAAUUUUUAUAUUUAUAGUGUGUAUAAAGAUAAUUUUACGUCUUGAAUUUUUAAAAAUGUUUGAAAUCUUAGUAACGAUUUCUUCAAAUGACAGAAAUUCAAAAAGUAUAAGAUUUUUAAUGAUUGAUAUAACUAUACAGACCAGAAUCAUUAUUUAUGGUUGAUAUAUGUAAAAAGCUUUCUGGUAUUUUGAUCUCAAUUACGAAUAAGCAAAAUUAGUUUGUAAGCUUUUAAAUAUUUUUAAAAUGACUGCGAGAAUAAGCAAUUCAUUUUGUACAAAAAUGUUAGACUUGACGUAAAAAGUCGUAAUACGAUCAUAAUUCUUUUAUAUUUA